AUGGCCCAACGAACCACCGUGAGGACUACAUACGACAUCGAGCGUACGCUUCAACCAAUUUACUCCGGUGGCAGUAUUUCGCUUAGUGAGGAUGGGCGCAUUGUCGCCGCUUGUCUGGGAGAGGAUGCGCUGCUCACUGACAUCACAAACGGCGAAGAGCUAGGGAGAAUAGAAGGAGAUGGUGAACCCAUAACAGCAUUAAUAUUGACCCCUUCCGCUGAGCAUUUGAUUGUAUGCUCGCGUUCUACGUCUAUGCAUAUUUAUUCGUCGUCGCCUUCCGAUACCGAAGACGGCAACAUCGAAUUCGAAUUACUCCGUUCGCUCCGUCCGCAUACCUCGCCUGUCGUUACUUUAGCCGUCGACAAAACCGGUACUCUUCUUGCUACUGGCGGUGCCGAUGGAAUUGUAAAAGUAUGGGACAUCCGUGCGGGCUACACAACCCAUACGUUCCACGGCCGUGGCGGUGUAGUUUCUGCGCUGCAUUUCUUCCAGGUCGAGGUCGCAACAAAAGAUGGUACAAACGAGAGCAGCAAAAAGCGCAAGAGAAUAUCCCAGCAAGAAAAUGCUCCCGAAGCAAUCAAGGGAGAGACUACGUUGGAGUACAGGCUUGCUUCAGGUGUAGAGGACGGCAAAAUCCAUAUUUGGGAUUUACAUACGCGAAAGAGCGCGGCUAUUCUAGAUUCUCACGUCUCUGUGGUGCGAUCGCUCGACUUCUCACCCGAUCAAAACACACUGGUAUCCGGGAGCAGAGACAAGACACUCAUAAUAUGGGACGCUCAGAAGUGGAAGGCAAAACGCACAAUUGCGGUGCUUGAGACUCUUGAGAGUGCAGGCUUCGUCGCAGGCGGACACAUCGCCUACUCCGGUGGAGAGAAUGGCCGCAUCCGUCUUUGGUCCACCGAAACCUCGCAAGAACUCACUCGUGAGCAGGAGCCUGGAAUUGAGACCGAUGCAAUCGUGGAGAUUCUCCACUAUCCAGAUUUACCGUACCUCAUCUCAGUACAUGCAGACCAGGUGCUGAACUUCCACUCGCUCGUCUCUGUUGAGUCACCUCUAGUAGAAGAAAUCAUCGAUCCUCUGCCUGUGUUCCGAAGAGUUUCCGGUACUCAUGAUGAAGUAAUUGAUUUGGCGUACAUUGGUUCGGGCAAAUCACUUCUCGCAUUGAACACCAACUCCGAAGAUAUUCGCAUAGUAACUUUGGAAGAGGAGGGAUCAAAUGAAACACCAGAAGGAAAAUAUAUCGGGGCUGACGUGGCUCUACUUAAAGGCCACGAGGAUUUGAUUAUCUCUCUCGACGUAGACUGGUCUGGACAUUGGCUAGCGACCGGCUCGAAAGACAACACAGCUCGACUUUGGCGCAUAGAUCCAGAGAACGACUCGUACACUUGCGCAGCAGUGUUGACUGGCCACGCGGAAUCACUAGGCGCCAUUGCAUUACCGCACGCGACACCGCCAGAGUCUUCGGCAGCAUACACAGACCCACUGAACAAUCCACCUGCAUACAUCAUCACAGGAUCUCAAGAUCGGACAGUAAAGCGAUGGGAUACCAGCAAGGACAUGAAGCAGAAGUUGCGAGCAAAGUAUACCCGGAAGGCCCACGACAAGGAUAUUAAUGCUGUAGAUAUUGAUCCGUCUAGCGCAUUGUUUGCUUCAGCAUCACAAGAUCGGACAGUGAAGAUAUAUUCGGCAGCUGACGGUGAAGCUGUAGGAGUCCUUAGAGGUCACCGAAGAGGUGUAUGGACAGUCAAAUUCCAACCGAAAGAAUCUCAAGCGCCAGGAUCCGGAGGCAAGGGGCUGAUUGCCACAGGAAGCGCGGACAAGACGGUCAAAGUCUGGAGUUUAGCCGAUUACAGCUGUCUCUUAACCCUUGAAGGCCACUCCAACAGCGUCCUGAAGCUCGCCUGGCUUCCAUAUCGACCCGUAGAUGCACGCGACAAACGCGGAUCACAGGUAGCGUCCGCAGCUGGCGAUGGGCUUGUCAAGAUCUGGGAUUCUGCAUCGGGCGAAGGAAUGUCCACGCUUGACAACCACACCGACCGCGUCUGGGCCCUCACCGCGCAUCCCAGCACCGGUGCACUAAUCUCCGGCGGUGCAGACAGCGUCAUCACGUUCUGGAGAGACACUACGAGCACGACACUAGAAGCCGCGACCACAGCAGAAACAGAGCGUGUAGAGCUUGAUCAGAAACUGCAGAAUUACGCUUUUGCAGGAAACUACCGGGAAGCUAUCACUCUCGCCCUGCAGAUGGACCAGCCAGGCCGCCUUUUCACGCUCUUCAAAUCCGUCGUCGAGUCCGACGUACCUGACGAGGGCAGUCUCACAGGCCUCACUGCCGUUGACGACGUAGUUGCCAACCUCGCAGACGAGCAACUUUACAAGCUUCUCCUGCGCCUACGUGACUGGAACACCAACGUGCGUUCUGCGCCCGUCGCACAAAAGAUCCUAUGGGCGGUGGUAAAGUCGUAUCCCGCAUCACGGCUCGCAGGGCUCAAACCUGCGGGCAAGGUUGGCGCGAAGGGAAGUCUGAAAGAUGUGCUGGACGCGAUUAAGGCGUAUAGCGAGAGGCAUUAUAAGAGAGUCGAGGAGUUAGUGGAUGAGAGCUAUUUGCUGGAUUUUACUCUAAGGGAGAUGGAUGAGGUGGGCGAUGUGAAGAGCGUCACGAAUGGGACGGCGCAAUUGGGGCUAGGUGGGGAUGUCGUGAUGGUGGAGUAA